CAAUUAUGCUUCUGCAGCCAGAGAAGAAUGGCGGUCAACGCAUCAUGGAGGAGGCAUAAUCUAGGACGAGCAUAGGACCUGAUAAUUCAGGGGGCAAGGCAGGGCAAGGCGCUCCUACGCAUGUAGCCUUGUAGGUAUCUGGGCAAUGGCAGGAACAGUCAAAGUUGAACGCUGAGUUGAGGCAAACCAAGUCAGUUGGAAGGCGGGACAAGCCCAGGAGUUUGGGGCACUUGUAAGUUCUCCGAUUGGCCGACAAAGUGGUAGCCGUCGUUGGAGUAUCCCACUUCACAAAGAGGGAGUGGCAAAGAGGUUGAAGUUCUUGAGCAGAUGUUGCAAGAGAUCAAUCUGUGAGCGCUUGAUUUGGAGAGCCCUUCCCAAACUUACCCUAGUCGGGCUUUGCCGAAACUGAUUUGUGAAGGCUUCACCCGAGGAACAAGCAAGUACAAUAGUCAGGGCCCCGGUUCUGCAGAACUUCUUUAGGGUGAAUAACAAUCGAAGAUAUGGCGGAGGUCGCCCCUGUCCAUGGGAGCCAGCCCCUGAUCAUAGAUCUCAACGAGCCGCAGGCGCCGAUGGAUGAGAGGCGCUUCUCAACGCCUGCCAGAAUUGAGGGGCCUCAUACUGAUGCAAGGGAAGACAAAAUGGGAGCGGAGGGUGCCUUUCCAAGCGUGAGAAAAACAUAUUGGAGGUCUGCUAGUUGGACCCCUGGUAGAGGCGGCCGGUCUUCUCUGCAAAGGACCGCCUCGGGUAAAGCCACAGGUCUGCAACGCGCCAACGGCAAGGUGCUCCCUGAAGAUGCCGGUGGGGGAAAAGGCAAAGGCUUGAGGAUACAGGUCGACAAUGGCUGGAAGGGUGACGUCGAGGUGAUCAAACUCUCCGGGGGUGAAGACAGCGGUCCCACCACCGGAGGGGGGUCCCAGAAGCCCGGCAGCAGACCCCCCCGGGGAAUGCACCUCGACUUGGGGGCUCUCCAGAUGGGGAAUCCAGUCGCAGAACCAACCGAGAUCCAGGCGCGGCGCACCAAGUUUGCGUAUUUCGAGAAGCACUGCAGCCGCGUGGCGGAGCACGUGUAUUUGGGGAGCGACGUCGUGGCGAGGAGCAGGGAGAUCUUGCGGGAGUCGGGGAUCACGCACGUGCUGAACUGCGUCGGGUUUGUGUGCCCCGAGUACUUUGCGGGGGAGCUGGUGUACAAGACGCUCUGGCUGCAGGACAUUCCCGGAGAGGACCUCGUGAGCAUCCUGUACGACAUCUUCGAUUACCUGGAGGACGUUCGCACGCAGCACGGUCGUGUCCUGGUGCACUGCUGCCAGGGCGUCUCGCGCUCGACCUCGCUCGUCAUUGCUUACCUCAUGUGGCGCGACAACCGGUCGUUUGACGAGACGUUCCGGGACGUGAAGGCGGUCCGAGGGACGGCAAACCCGAACAUGGGCUUUGCCUGCCAGCUGCUGCAAUGGCAGAAACGGAUCACGUGGGGCCCCGACGGCGAGCCUCCCCCCCACUCAGGGCGCAUGUACCGGGUUGCCCCCCACAGCACGUAUAGCCCGCUCCACCUGGUGCCGAAGCCAGUGGGGAAGCUUAGAGGUUCCGAGCUAGACCGGAGGGGGGUGUUUGUGGUGGACGCCUCGAGCGGGCAGGUUUUCGUGUGGGUGGGCCAGGGCGCGCCGCACAGCAUGGCGGAAGCGGGGGGGCGGAUUGCGGCGCAGCUGGUGCGGUACGAGCGGGCGAAAGGCCCUGUCACGGUGGUGCGGCAGGGGCAGGAAGGGGCGGAGUUCUGGGCGGUGAUGAGCGCGGGUGGGGGGGACGAGGCCUCGGAGGAACGGGGCCAGGAACUAGACGCGGGGAAGGUGCAACGGCGAGAGAGCAGACCGGUGGAGGUUGACAGAGACGAGGGAGGUUCUGAGGGGGAUACCUCAACAGCUAACCCGGGUGCUAACCCUGACGGUCCGGUGGAGGUGGGCACGCUGCCGGCUUAUGAUGCGGAUUACGAGCUCUUCCGUCGGGCCGAGAGCGGGGAGAUCAAAAUGGCGACCCCUGGGUCUAGCGUUCUCCCAGGAGCAACAAAACCGAUGUCGCCAACCAAAAUUGCGAAAGAGGAUCAGAAACAGUCCGGCGUCAGCGGCGCCCCCAGCCCCCGUGGCGAACCGAUUCUAAGAACGGCCGUACGGACAGAGGAUCCAUCCACAGCACCAGAUCAGAGCAGCAAGGCCAGGAGAGAUCAGCCAGGGGGGAACGGACAGACUGCCCCGGAAACCAAGCUGACGUCCCCCCCGAACAGGAAGCAAGCACAGCCCGACGUUUUUGUCCCGUCCGUAAGCCGAUCAUACCCAGUGUCCACGCUGCCCCCCCCCUCGCCGUCUCUCCCGCCCCCAAACAAGCGCAGCAAGUCGCCCACGACCACAGAAACCGCCGCCCAAAGCGCCGACGUUCUUUCGCCCCCCCCUCCCUCCCCGUCCUCUUCCAUGGGCAGCUUCUACAAGCAGCACCGCGUUUUGUCUCCCCGCCCCGGGCUUGAUCUGUCCGAACCGAAGCCUCGCAAGAGCCCCUCCAAUCUCGGUCCCCGAGCCGAUUCCAGCGGGGGGGAUGCGGCCACUCCCCGUCGCCGAUCGUUGCUUUCCGAGGAGAAGGCCGGGGCAGCGGAGGCUACCCGGUCGAUGGAAUGGGGGUUGGCGAAAGACGCGGGGAAGGAGUCCGGGGGCCAGACGCCCCGCCAGAUGUGGCCCCCUGUUUCGGAGGUGCGGCAGGCGCACUCCUCCUUUGCGAUAUCGCCGAACUUUGGAGGCUCCGAGCGCGCCUGGACGGUGCCCGAGUCUCCGCGGGUGGUUCGCCGGACUAGCUUUCCGGGGUUUGCGGUGAGCGGGAGUCAACAUCCGGAAAGCCCGGGCAUGAGGCCCGCCCGGAAUGAGGAGGCCAGGCCAGCUUUGCCCGGGGGUGUGGCAACUCCGGAGAGCGAUCCAAAGGACGAGAACGAACAGGAAGCAGAGAGGUCGGUGGACGAGCGACGUGAAUCUGCGGCGAGUGGGGAGGAGGGCAAGGGAGAACCGAACCCCCGAGAAGAGACCCAGUCUUCAGAGCUCGGCGAAUCCCGUGCCUCGGACGGGUCCGAAAGUCGAGGAGCGGACAGCUGGGCAAAGAGGCGGCCCGGUUUGCAGAUCCCCGGCGUUGAGUCGGUCAAAGUUGAUGUGGCUCCUGUUAGCCCGGUUGGGCUCCUACCGGGCGCAGAGGUGCUGAGCCCGGGGGUGUCGGAGGAGACCGAUGAUCUGGUGACGGAGCGGAUACCCCCUACUGCGAAGAAGCUGGAGCUGCUCGCUGGAGGGGGGGAGCUGGUGGAGUCGAGGGAUUCGCCGAUGGACGUCGACAGGAGACAGUUCCGUGAGCGGGGCAGAGCGACCCCAGUGAAUCGCGCCAGGGGGGAAGAGAAGGCAGAGGUCGAGGGGGGGCCCCGGCUGUUCGAAGCCCCCCUGUUUGAGGAGGUGGAGAUGUUCGACACGGACGAUUUGCACUCCGAGUCGGCGUACGUUUUGCUUGUGAAUUCGGACGGGGCUUCGGACGGCGGAAAGGGUCGGGACAUGUUUGUUUGGUUAGGGGCGGACUAUUUGAAGCAAGGGGAUGAUCGUCGAAUCAGCACGGGCAGUGCGAUGUCGACUGACUCUACCGCGGAGGAGGAGGAGUUCAAGGAUGGGGGGAGCAUAGGGGAAGACUUUGUGAGGAGGAAUGGGCUCCCGUCCGAGACUCCCUUUGUGGUUGUCACGGAAGGCAAGGAACCGGACGAGUUUUGGAGCCACUUUGUCAAUGGCUGAGUGUGACACACUCACUCAUGAGGAAGGCGACAAUGAGGGGUGAGCUGUACUUUAUGGUAGGUUGCUACUCGGUGCGUGGGCAAAGCGAUUCUUGCAUUUAAUUCUCCAGUAUUUGUACAAUUCGUUCCAAAGAAUGACGUAGCGAUGACUUUGAGCAGUCAGAUCGUUGGUAACAAGGUCUGAUCAAAAAUAAGAUACAUGAGAUUACGACCUUUGAAUUGUACGGUCCGAAACUGGGGCAGUUAAGGUUAAAGGCAGCUACCGUCCUAGGGAAGUCCAUUUGGUGGUCACGGACCUGGUGCCUCUAGGUUUAGCCAGCCCAACGAUACGAGCGAGCUAUGCAACGGAAGAGGUUCUUGCACAUUUCUACAACCAAGCUGCGGACAUGAUCGGCAUUGAAUCAUGAUUCACCUGCAGAGCAACGCCAUA